AUGGCACAAACUCUCGCAGCCCAAGACAUUGCAGCAGCACCUGUAGGUCCGAGACUAGACCUGUCACAGCCUCGUUGGGACCAGACUACCUUCGUUGGCAGACUCAAACACUUCUACAAUGUCACCGAUCCAAGGACGGUCAUUUGCGGUGAUAAACAACUCUAUGCCGCAAGGGAUUUAAUCAAUGACUACAAAAUGGGUCUUGAGCCCCCUGGCACAACGGAAGAACAGCUCUGGUAUGCCCAAAAGCUCUACAUGUCAGCUUUCCAUCCAGACUCGGGCGAAAAGAUGAAUCUUAUUGGCAAGAUGUCCUUCCAAGUACCAGGAGGAAUGGCCAUCACUGGAGCUAUGCUGCAAUGGUACAAGACAGUGCCCGCCGUGGUCUUCUGGCAAUGGAUCAACCAGUCCUUCAAUGCACUUGUCAACUACACCAAUAGGAACGCAGCGUCAGCAACCACGAACAGGGAGAUUGGCAUGGCGUAUGUCACAGCAACCAGCGGUGCCUUAGUAACUGCUCUUAGCCUCAACUCACUAACAAAGAAAUCCCCACCACUUAUAGCAAGGUACGUUCCCUUUGCUGCUGUAGCUGCGGCUAACUGUGUCAAUGUUCCCAUGAUGAGACAGAAAGAAAUUAAGUCUGGCAUCGUGAUUUGUGACGAAAACGGCAAAGAACUCGGCAAAUCAAAAAAAGCGGCAAGGAAAGGUAUCGCACAAGUCGUCACAUCAAGGAUCGUCAUGGCAGCACCUGGCAUGUGUGUACUUCCUGUGAUCAUGGAGAGACUACUCAAGUAUCCAUGGUUUAAAAGGGUCUCAGUUCUACACGGUCCCUUCCAAGUCAUGGGUGUCGGGUGCUUUUUAAUCUUCAUGACGCCUACAGCUUGUGCCCUCUUCCCUCAACGAUGUUCCAUGGCCGUUGAUAAACUCGAGCCCGAUCUACGAGCUUCCAUCAGAGCAGAGUACGGAGACGCCGUCCAAACGGUCUACUUCAACAAAGGAUUGUAACGCUGGAUCUUAAUUUAGGUUAGACAUUCCAGCAUUGAAUAUUCAGUCAUAAAAUGAUGCCCUCUGCCAAAAAAAAAGAGUAUUGAUCCGAGUUUUAUGUGAUACGAUGAAAAGACAGAAGUAGCUUGGCUGUGGACAAUUAGCGAAUCAUAAUCCUCUGUGUUUCCCCUGCAAAAUUCUAGUGAGCAUGUAUCAGCAGUCUUGGAUGAGACUAUAGGACAGAGUCCGUGAUUGGGUGGUUGGUUGGGUUUGUAUUUGGGGAAAUGGUUCGUUUGUGAUAUAAUUUGGUGGAUGGGUUUUUGUGAGUGGAUGAGUAUUUGGGUUGAAGCUGGCAUACUGUGCUUUGUGUAAACUGAAGAUUGCUGUACUCCAAUUUGGACAGUUUUGUUUUUGUUAUAAAUAAUUUCAGGGCCUGCAUUAUUCAUUCAUUUUAAGUUUAUUUGCGUUUGAUCCUUCCCAUAUUUGGAAAAGACAUGUGUACAUCUGCUAUAUUGGACCAUCUGACCAACAUGGUUAUGUCUGCAAUGAUAAUUACCACAGUGCUGUUUAAUAUAAUGAAUUGUAAGGCGUUUAUCGGAAAUUAGCGGCUCUCUAAACCACAGUGUGCUAAAUCAUGCAACAUUAACUCCCUGCGUUCUUGAUGUACUUGAACAGAAAGCAGUGUAUUGUAUGUCUUUUUCUUUAGUUUUCGUUUCAGCGAAUUUUUGGUAAAAUAUAAACUUUGUUUUUUUCAGGUGCAGGAAUGCAUGCAGCUAACGGGGGAAGUAUAUUGAUAUAAUAGAGGACUUUAAAAUAACUAAUUGCCCUGAUAAAAAAUAUGUUUUUUCUGCAAGUGAAGGGUGGUUGCUGAUCGAGCCUUUACAGCAGUUUUUACGAAUGUAUUCUCAAUCAUUUUUGGAGAAUUUGAGCAUAAAUCGGAUGUUGGAAGACCCACGUGUGCUGUCACCUUGUGAAUUGCCCGCUUGUAAAAAAAUCUUUUUAAUUGUAGAUGACUUUAUCAAAAUUGUUACCUAAAUAUAUUUUUAUUAUGUGCAUUAAACAAAACAAAAUCAUUUACAGCCUUAUUAUGUAUGUUGGUGAGAUAUUAUUCACUAAAGUUUUACAUACCGAGGCAAAAUGAGCUAUAUAUCUGGAUUCUUUUCCAAUUAUGUGAAUAAAAGGGUUCCAUUUCUUCAUCAUCUCGAUAUUUUUAGACAUUUGAAAUGCAUCAACAUAAAAAUUUCAUGUUUUGUCGCACCAAAUACACACAAAAGGACAAGGAAAGAAUGACUCCUUUCAACAAUUUGUUCCAAUUAGUUAUUACAGAUAUUAGUUACAGUUUAUUUCAACUGCUUUAUACUGAAGUAUAGUACAAUAGUUGAUAGUUAAUAAGGCUACAAGAUCCGUGUACAAACUAUUCCUAUAUAUCCAACACAAACCAUAAUGCUAAAUACCACAUGCUAUAAAACGAAAUCCCCAAUAUUAUCAGGUUUGAACAUAAUUAAACUACACUAAAUUUAUUUUACGUGUUUUUACGACAUUUUGGUAUAAAGUGCAUUUUAUCACGAGGGUUAGUAAUAAAAAAACCUAUUUUUUUUAUUUAAACCAAUUUCUGCAAAAGCAAAGCCAAACUUUAGCAUUUAAUUAAAGCCAAAAGAUGGAAUAUAAGCAGACAAAAUUUUGCCUGGAAACUUUAAAAUGCAUUCUUAGCACUGUGAAAACUUUCAAACAUAAAUGUUAUCGGACAAAAAACCUUCGCAUGAUGAAAAUUACUUGGGCUCAUUAUUUUGUCCAAUGAAAAAAAGAAAUACUACUUUGCUUAUAAAAUAGGCUUCUUGCGGAUUAAGUGGCUAAUUUUACACACCACAUUAUAUUUUGUAUUUAACCUAACGUGCUGCUGCUUGUCAAAGAAGAGGAUGUAGAAAUGUGUCUAGAAUUAUUUUGGCUUGUUUUGGCAAAUUACAUAUUUGAUCUGAAUACCAGCAUCCAUAAACGUUAUCAUAACAGCCACACUUCAAGUCAACUUGAAACUUGCAUUCCUGAGAUUCUUUCAAUAAAAUAAGGCACCAAAAAAACUCUUACAUCGCAGAAUGGUGCGUAAACAAAAACAACGAUCAGCCAAAUUUGCCUGAUAACAAUACGGAAAUAAAAUGAUGAACAAAUAACCAGCAUGCCACGCCAUCACUUUUUCAGUGCGACCCUUUGUUCUUUGCAAGAAAGUUUCUCCUGACCCAGAUAGGUUUUUGAAUUUCUAAUCUAAGCUUGACA